GAGAUCAUUCUGUACAAUAUGUGAACAUAACAUGUGAAUCCAUGUUUUUGAAAUUCCUUUCAUGUUGAAUGCAUUAGUUAUGUGCAAGUUACUAGGGGAAAGAACAGAUCCAGAGGAACUGCUGCCUUUUCUGUUUGAUGACUCUCUAAUAUCACAACUGCUAUUCAGAGAAGAUACAUUUCUGCUUCAUAUAUAGAUUGGAGGCACUAAUUAACCCCAUAAGAAAAGAUGCUUGAAUUAAAAAAAAAAUCAUUAGCAACUGAAUGUCAAUACACCCCCAAUUCAACUCAUCCCCUGCCCCCAAAACCUUUUUUCCUUGUGGUGUAGUUUAUUACAGAGGCAGGGGAUGCUAUCAUUGCAGGCACAAAGGGUUCUGUUCUGUAGGUACCAUCACAGAGUAGACAGGAUCCACCCAUUUCCAGUGACCUCUCCAUCAGCCUCCUAGAUAUGGGCUGCCCUGCAACUGGGGUAUAUUCUUGUUGUAUGGCUGGUGUUAAUUGAUUCGUGUCUCUGUUAAUGGCUGUUAUUAUUGCUAUUUAAUAUCAGUAUCAAUGUUAUUGAUCUUUGGUGUUGUUUACCCUCUUCCCAUGGACCUCUGGCACCGAUUUUAUACUCAUGAUCAGACGCCUCCAGUUAAGUACAUAAGGCUCGCCUGCCAAAGCAUUUAUCAUUCCUUGCGUUUCCUUAUCCGGGGUCCAGGGGAAUGCUGUCAUUGGUCGGCUCGGUCACGUGGCCUGCUAACUUUGCACACUUGACAGGGAGUAGGAGGGUUUUGUGGAGAACAGAAAAACGACAACGCGAGAAAAAUUAGUAUUUUUUUGUUGCACUUCCACAAAUUAAUGGCCAUGAGUUCGUUUUUGAUAAACUCCAACUACAUCGAGCCCAAAUUCCCACCCUGCGAAGAGUAUGCCCAAAAUAAUUACUUGCAAAACCGGUCUCCUGAAUACUACGAGCGGCCGAGAGAGCCCGGGUUCGAGGCUCCUCCCGAGGCUCUGUAUCAAGGUCCGAGCACGUACUCUGAAGCCAGCUAUGGAUACAGCCACAUCACGCCACCGAGCCACGAACCCGUGGCUGUCCAGGAUGGGAUAUCCCCAAAAGGACACAGUCAACCUCAACAACUUCUCCAGAGCCACGUCCUCAGGCAGCCACCCCAGCACUGUGAAGCUCUAGCAGUCUCCAGUGACAGUAUCCACCCUGACAAAACUGCCCCUGGACUCAAAUGCAAAGAGCCAGUGGUUUACCCUUGGAUGAAGAAAAUCCACGUUAACACAGUUAAUGCAAAUUACAGUGGAGGGGAACCAAAAAGAUCUCGGACUGCCUACACCCGACAACAAGUAUUAGAAUUGGAAAAAGAAUUCCAUUUUAACCGUUACCUGACCAGACGCCGACGAAUUGAAAUAGCUCAUACAUUGUGUCUGUCUGAACGUCAAGUCAAGAUAUGGUUCCAGAAUAGAAGGAUGAAGUGGAAAAAAGACCACAAACUGCCCAAUACUAAGAUGCGUUCUGCAAACCCAUCAUCUUCCAGCCAGCAAUCGAAUGUACAGGGGCAUCAACACACAGAUGGGCCAUCAGCCCCAUUAUUAUAAAUUAUAGAUGUAUAAUUGCAGUUGCUGGUAAUCAGUUGGACCAAAUAACUAUGGGGGAAAGCAAAUUUCCUUGCUAGUGUUGCAUAGACAGCAGGAGGACUGCUCUCAUAACCAAGGGAUUCCACUGAGACUUUGUUCUCUGUUGUACUAUUUAUGUCAAUGUUCCCAUAUAAUAUAACCAAGGGGGUAAAUGUGUAUAUGAAUAUUUACAUACAGUUGAAUGUCUGCAAGGAACUAUUUUGUAUACUAAAUACAAAUACCACAGAUACUUUUAAGAGAUAGUAUGUGAUAAUUAUAUGGGCCAACUAGUGUAUUAUAUUUUCCCCAAAUAGCUGUGGGUAUUUAAGAAACCAAACAUUUUUAUGAUUUAUUUAAUGGACUUGUAAACCGCUCUACUAUGGACAUUAAGGAAUCGGAUUUGUAAAUACUAGUCUGAAUAACAGCGUUUGUUCAGAGAUAAAAUGGUUGUCUUCCCUACUUAAUUUGUUGAGACCAAUGUGUUUGACAUUAAUGUGGAUCUUAGCUUUAUGGUAGGCCUUUGAUCGCCUUGAAGGUGAUGAUAUGUUAUAGAUACAGUAUGCGUACUACAUAUUGUGAAUUUUGUGAUGUAUAUUGUGGUGCUAACUUCUGACAAUACCGAAGAACGUUCUGUGAAAAUUAAAAUAUUUCAAAAACAACCACAAAA